UCAGCAUGCAGUACGGUGCUGAACUGAAAGGUACACUUACCUACUCGCAAUAUAAAUGUCAUAUUAUAUAGCGGAUAACGAAUAAGUUCUAUAAUCUAACUGGAGAUAAGAGUGAAACGGAUAAGAUAAGGGCAACCACCGUUCACAGUUCAAAAUUGCUUACCAGUGAAAUGAUAUAAGUGAUUUUCAUAAAACAAUUCAUGGAAAUGUUUGUUUUAAAAUGAACCGUCCCACAGAACAAAAACCUAAAGGAAAAGUGAACAAACUGAGGCAACUCUUCGAAAUCAAGAGACCCUCAAAAUCAUCUAGUACAACUUUACCCAGAACAAAAUCAACCGUCCCUCAGGAUGAAGCUCCCGUGAGUACAGAAAGACUCUUCGUUAGAAACAAUCGUAUUCGCACUAGUUCACGGCAAAAUAAGUACAAGAAAAAUGUAUCCAAGGAGGAAAGGCAUAACUCAAAUGAAGUGGAGGGAUCGUCUGUCAAAGAUGACCCACCCACUAAUGCUGCCUUACGCCUAUAUAGAUCUCGUUCGGAAGAACAAAUUGAAAAAGUUAUCGAGAAAAACAAAACAAACCUAGAAGAGUUGCGGGAAAUGUGUAAAAACGUCCACGUAAAGCGAAGGAAUUUCGAGAAGAAUAUUCAAGACUUGCGGGAGAAAAAAACGAGAAGCUUCGCCGCAAUGGACGAAGCGGAGACGAAAAAAUACAGACAAAGUCUCGUCCAAGAAAUGGAUCAAAAUUUCGCUCUCAUGAAGGCGGAUGGUUUCCUGGACGACCUAGAAAAUCCUCUUGACAGCGAAGAUGUAAGUGAUGAAGACAAUGAUGUUUUUUCUCCACACGAAACUGACUUUCUGCCAAUUAUGGAGCAGAAGUUGCACGAUUCUACAUGUGCAUCUAGAAAAUCAGGUGAUACCCAAUAUACAUUAGUGUACGAAGAUAAGUUAAGAAGGCGAUAUUCUGAAGAGAAUGAUUCAUCAACAAAACUCCUCAUUGAGGUUAUUCAGAAUCCGCCCCGUAACAGUUUGUUGAAACAUUCCGAAACAGAACACGUCAAAGAUAUAUUUUCUCCGGAAGAGAGUGACUUCUUGUCUAUUAUGAGAUAUGAUAGAAAUUCAGAUAGUGAAGACAAAGAAUGCACGGCAGUUCAUGAAUCAUCCGAAAAGAAAGAAUUACAAAAUGAAUUGUGGAAAGGGCAACCAAAAAUUUACCUUGAGGCUGACCCAGAUAAGGUUGCGGUUAACCUCUCAGAAUACACCAAAGAUGAAAAUUGCUUUGUAGGCGAAGGCAAAUCAAAAGAAGGUUCAUCAGGUGUCUUCAUCAAAGUGGAUGCAGCAGCUAGUAGCAGUACAUUUGAGGACGAGUUUACCGAAAGUCUGGGAGACGAUCUCGAAACAGGACUGAACAUAGUCGAAGCCUACAAUGAUGAUGGCAGAGAAUUGGUAGAAAUUCAAGUCAUGGUCGACAGACGAGUUGUCACCUCUCAAACUUUCGAAGCAAUGCGAGACAAACUACAGGGAUCAGAUGUGAUAUUAUACCAAAAUGUUGACCAGACGGUGGACGAUAUAUUAGUUGUCGAAGAACCUGAUGAACAUAUUUACGAAUCUGUAGUAUAUCAAAACUCUGAUGAGGAAAACGUAGGACAGAAUAUAGUCGUUUAUGCUCCAACGUCAAAUAGAUCUACGAUCUACUCGACAACUUCCAGAGAUAGCUCAAUUUUCGAUGACGAUGACGAAGGGAUAGAACUUGGCAGGCCUAAAUGCAAGGAUGAGUACGUUAACGUAAGAAGGGAAACGUUUUGCGAUAAUAAAGGUGUUAUAAGGAUUGAGAGAGUGGUGAAUCCUGAAAGAGUCAUUGAAAACAGUUUCUCUGCAGAUUCCACAGUGAAGAGGAGCAAUUCUUUUCCAUCACCUACAAAGCUGGCGUAUAUCAUCGAAGAAAUAAAAACAACCGAACGAAAGUAUAUCAACGAUUUGGAGAAAGUAGUUUUCACUUUCAAACCCUUCAUCAAGAAACAUACUCCAGUGUAUCUAAAAGAGCGACAGGGAUACUUAUUUGGCAAUAUAGAAAAAAUUCUCUCUAAACAAAAUAAGUUCCUAACAUCGAUUGAAGAAUCUGCUGACGAUAUCAAUAAGAUUGUUAAUUGUUUCAUAGAGCACGAAAAAUUAUUCGAAUUGUAUCCCAACUACUUCAGAAACAAACCGAAAGCAGACGCUGUUCUGAAAGAGUUCGGCAUGAUUAUUCAGGAUAUGCAAGACCACUUCGAAGAAAGAUUAGAUUUCUCUGCGUAUUUGCUGACGCCCGUUCAGAGGUUAGGAAAAUACAUAUUGUUUCUAGAAAACAUUGAGAAGGAACUCAAAAGACUUGAUCUGCCAAUAGGUAGUACACAAAUGGCCUUAGAUAUAGUCAAAAACGAAAUGUCCAAAGGCAACGACUACGUAGCGAUAGAUUCGAUACAGAAUAGUCCAAUCAGCAAGAUGUCCUACGGGUGUUUCAAAAUGCGAGAAAACUUCACUAUCAGUAAACCCAGAAGAAUGGAAGCUACUGUGUUUCUCUUCAGUAAUUAUGUUGUUCUGGCUGUAGAGGACCACUAUAGUCACGAAACAUUCAACUAUUACGAUAGUAUAAAGAUGGAGGACUUGCGAAUUGCAACAUUCGAAAAUUACACCAUUCACCUGACAGAUUAUACAAAGAGCAAAAAGAAAAAUAACUCAUCUCGAUAUACCUACGUUUUGGAGGCGAAAACCGAAAAAAUAUGGGAUUCUUGGAGGGAGAGUAUAGAGGGUAUUUUAUGGCAGCAAUUGUACAAAGUAAAAGAAAUGACUUUAAAUUCAGGAAGUACACCAAAAUAUAAGAAAGAUAAAAUCAAGAGCCAUGUUGAAUCUGCAGGCAAAUCGGUAUUUUAUAUAAGAUGAAUCAACCAAGGUGUGUUGUAUUGUGUGAUGUUUAUUUUUGUAUUAGCCGUAAUUCAAAUUGUGAAACUGAUAAAUAUUUAUAUUUGAAUU